AUGGGUUGUUCUGCUACUAAAUAAUAAACAAAGACUGUUUUAGAGCCAAAUGAGAAUCAAUUCAAAUAAAAAAAUGAAGAUUCUAAGGCUGAACUUAAAUAAUUUAGAAUCAAUAAAAAUCCUAUACUUUAAAGAAGAGCCAGCUAGAAAAGUCCUUUAACUAAUCAUGAGUCCUUUUUGACUAGAAAUACUUGA